GAUGGCUCUGCGGACUUCCAACUUCAAGGUGAAUGAUGGGCCUGUGAUCCCAACCAUUCACUGGGUCAGUCUCGACUGCUUCACGCGUCGUUUCCUCUACUCGCUGCCCCGCCUUGUUGUCUUGUUUAUCGCAUCCAUGACAACUGGUAUACAGGGCACCAGGAUCCAUGAACCUCUUCCCCAAACAUUUGACAAAUUGCCAUGGAACCAGAGAUCACAACUUCACGCGACCCCCGCCUGGCUCGCCCGUUCAGACCAACCGCUGCCCGCACAUUGUCCGAAACGCACUCGCGACUCAGUGCACAGCCAACAAGCACGCACUCGGCUACUGAACGGGGUAAUUCCAAUUCUGACCACCUAAUCCGCGGUGUCUCCGACCUGGUCCAAGCCGCAAUCCUCGCUGCCAAUAGCAAGUCGGAGAGAGACCGACUACAGAAAAGAAAGGAGGCUACCGCGACGUUAUGCACAAAAGCCAGAAGCUAUAACACUUUUCCAUCCACUGCAGCUUUCUUCCAAAAAUCUCAAGCAGAUGAGGACGCGGAGCUCAUACGUGUCGAGGAGACCCUCAAGAAGCAUAACGCUACGUACCAAGAGCACGAAAAUGCUUUGCGGCUCACACUCGGCUCGUCCCUCUUCGAUUCUAGUAGAUCUGAGCAGACUGACCACUUGCAGCGCGAAGUUCAGACCCCAAGAGGCGAUUUGGGCAGCGCCAGGGCUGAGAUCACCAAACUGCGGGACUAUAAUGUGACUUUAGAGCACAAAUUAAAAGAGCUCCAGGACCGCGUGGCCCGGACGGAGAAAGCUUCUUCGGAUCAUGCAAGCACGUUAAAGAGACAUGCAAAUCACAACACGGAAACAAGUGAGCGCAUUGCGCAACUCAGAUCAGAUUUGAACAAAAGAUCAGAUUCAUCGCCUCAGAAAGAGCAGAUCGAUAAAAUAUUCCUCUCGAUCUCAGGAAUGGGCGCUGAACUGGAGUCUCUUCAAACCAAGAACAAACGAGACAUGCAAGAGUAUCGGGACUUGCUGGAAGAUCUGCGUGGUGACUAUGACGACAAGUUCAACAGCUUUCUCGUGGACCAAACGACACGCUAUGAUUCUCAUUUGGAAUCCUUGGAGAACAGGCUUGCAGAGGGCUCGGCACUCGGCGACAAAAUCCAGCUCCAACAGAUUCAAGACACUAAUUAUUAUAGCCUUACCGAGCGGCUGGACAAACUUCAGGAAUUACAGGCGAUGAAAGAUGAUCUUGCGAUGUCUGAGAUGGAAGAGCUCAAAGUUCACCUGGAGCAAAGCAAGGUGGAUAUUUCCACGCUCAAAAGUAAGAACAGCCAACUCUGUGACGGGCUCAAGACUGUUCUCAACCAAGACAAGUCAAACUCGGAUGGGCAAUUUACAGCACUUGAGACAGCACUGCAUACCACAGAACAGACCUUGGAGAGUGUUAGAGUAGGCCUACAUUCGCUUGAGAUGCGCUACAACAACCUGUCAACCGGGCCUCUAGUUAGGAGUAUGGCGCAAGCUAUGCAAGAAAUGUACCCCGGCGCAGCACAGAUGAUAGAUAGGAUGAAGCUGCUAACAAAGCAAUUCGAGCAACGUUUACCUCAACUCGAUGCGAGGAUAGAGAAACUGGAAAAGGCCCUGGGUUCUCGGUCGGGCGGUAUGCUCAAAGUACAGAACCACCUAACUCAGCAAGUCGGGAACUUGGUCAAGCAACAGGAGGCUUUGUCGCAGUCGCUCAUGCCUUUGAGAGACCCAUCCACCGGAGAAAUCUCGAGCACGAAUGUUUCGUCAGGCCUUUUGCGAACGGUUCAAGAUGAAGUCAGAGAGCUUGCAUCUACCAUCAGCAGUUAUAUAGAAUCAAGGAAAACGGAGGACGAAUUGUUGAUGCUUAAAAUGACAGAAGAGCGAGAUGAUCUGAGAAGUCAGAGCCAGGUUCUCACCGAUGAAUUGGCGAGCUUAAGCGCACAAGUCACCGAAGUACAUGCUACCAUGAAAGCCGAUAUAAAAAGGUUGCAGGCUUGUCCUGAGGAGAUUCGGAUUUCUCAAUAUAAUAUCCAGCAGCUCGAACAAGCUACGUCGAUCCAAUGGGAUGACUUGGCUAAGAAGGUCAAAAAACUAGAAGAGUCUGCGAAUCACUUCUCCUCUGUUCGAGAAGGCUCGGAUGCCGCGUCUCAACCACCACUUCCUGCCGUAGCGAAUUCGUUGCAGGGCUCGGGCAGCUCAAGACGCUCGGUGCAGGACAAGAAGCGACCUCGUGUAUCUGCAAUUUCUGACGGUGAAAGGGGAAGUCAGUCACGCGCUAGCUCACCGUUUUCCAUCUCAUCCCAGGUUGGAUUGGAGUCAACACCGAACUCUGAGAGCAAGAAAGUGUACCAAAAAUCCAAGAAAAAGCGCAAGCGGCUGACCGAGGAGCCUAUUGUCGUUGACUAAGUUGGAAGGGACCGGACAGUCCCAGGUAUUUUCGCAUUCUGGCUCGAUGGCGGCUAUCAGCGCCUCAGCUUAAAACAAAUGUGACAAACGCAACCUCCACCAGACUUUUGAUUUUCGCUGGAUACCUCUCGGGUUACAUCUAAUUCCCUUUCUCAUUCGUUUUGUGUUUUGGUGAGACCUUCAAAAGCCAAAGUUGUUCUCUUACUUCUGUAACUAUCCCUAGGCUCCGGUUGAGCCGGACCUAGUCAGCCUCUAUCUGAUUCUAGUUGAUGCUUGGUCGAUGCACAGUAUGAAGCAACGGAUGUUUGUACAGUACACUCGCGGGCCCUUGGGACUGCGCUUUGCUCAGGUCUUCCCUGGACAUGGUCAUUAGGACAGGCGUUUCCAGCCAGCAAAUUGAAUUUCAUA